AUGAACAAAUUAUUGUUUACGCACCUAAUCGAUAAACUCAAAUAUUCAAACGAUCCAUUUUAUUUGAAAUUGGAGAGGGCAAAAUGUACUAAAAAAUUUGCUAAACUUAUUAUAAUUCUACUUACUUUUACCUAUGAGACAACUGAACAUAUAAAAAUAAUAAAGAAGAUUUCUUCUAAUCUAAAAAAUGUAAAUACAGGAAGAUGGCUUUUGUUUUUAAGGGCAGCAUACAUGUUUGUUAACCUGGAUACCAAUGUAGGUAAUCUGAAUUUAGCGGAACAAAAAAACAAAUUUAUUUGGAUAAGAUUGAAGAAAAUAAUAUUUGAAAGUGUACAAGGUGAGGAUAUAGGAACAGAAUUGCUUGAAACACUUAACGAUCGGUUACAAAUACACGAAGACCUUGUUAGGCAACUAAAUGAGGAUGUUGACUAUUUACGAAAGGAACUUAGAGUCAAUCCACAAUAUUUUGCAUCAUUUUUCAUGAUACACUACCCAUCUAUUAUAGGUAUGGUAAUAUCUGCUAUUAUAGUUAUUAUAGAUUUUAUUAAUAAUAAGUAUGAGGACCAUAAGUCUAUACUGUAUGACAUAAAGUUCUGGAUUUCACUGAGUAGUGGUAUUUUUGCUUAUAUAUUGAGCUUAAGUAUAUGGUAUAUAAAUGAUAUUGUCUACAUAUUAAGCUGUAGAUGGAUGAAGAGAAAUGAUUGGUAUAUUAGAGUUGAAGAACAUAAAGUUUGUAACGAAGAUAUUAUAUAA